CACAAGCGAGUGUCUCUUGAGCUAGCGCGAGUCCGAGUUCAGUUCAGCAGCAUACAUAGGAGCUUUGUCAAUUGAUGCUCUCUAACUUCACUACAUAGGAACAACGCCUCUUUCGACCAAGCUCGCAGCCACAACCGACCCGUUCAGAACGUCAUUGAGGCUCUACUGGAAACUCAGCUUCGUACUCUGUUGUUUUUGCGUUGGAUUGACAUUUUUAUCACGUCCCUCUCUUUGCGACGUCGCAAGCAUCAUGGUGCAAGCCAAGGCCGACUCGCCGACCCUCUCCCCGCCGUGCAUCGUCGUGCUGCUUCCGGACGGCUCGGCGCGCCUCUACGACGACGCGCGUCUCACGGCGGCAACAGUGCUCGCCGACUUCCCCCGCCACCUCCUCCUCUCCACCCUCAGCAGCGCCACGCCGCGCACCCCCUUAUCCCCCGCGACGCCCCUCAAACCCGGGCGCACGUACUUCCUCCUCGCCGAGACGCGGCGCCCGCGAAAUGCGGCGGGAGCUGCGGUGGAAGUCUCCGUUUCUGCCUUGGACGGUCAAUUCCCCGUCGUUUCUGCCUUCCAUCCGGAUGGUGAAUUCCCCGACGAAGAGUCCCCGCCGACCUUCCGCAAGUCGCGGACAUUACCCUCCAAACGCGGGUCCGCGCGUCCGGAUGCGCCGAAUGCUCCGCAGAGGGACUGGGGAUUUGGCCACGACUUGAGCUCCGAGCUGUAUUCAGCUAACGUAGUCCCGGCCGGCCCCGCGGGGAACUACUACGACGGGCGGAGGUCGUCCGAAUCUUACGGCCCGCUUUCCCCGCUUUCGGCACUGUCUCCCUACUCUCCCCCGCUCUCCGACGGUGGGAUUGUGACUCCCACUCCGGGGGGAUAUCGUGACGCGCGGCUGCCGACGUGGCGGGAAGCGGAGCCUGCCAGUGCCACGGGGAGCAUCGCCACGAUGCGAACCAACUGCACGUGCGAGCUUGACGGACGCCGCAAAUCCAUGGCGUCAGAUGCUCGCCGCGCCGCUAACCCCAUUCUUCAAGAGAUCGACGCGCUCGAAGACAUGACUUACGAUGCCGCUUCGUGGUCACCUCACGGUCACUCGCAUCAUAACUAUCAGGACCCCCACAACGCCUCUCUUCGCCAAAGCCACGGCGAGCCAAUCACAGCGGACCGGCGAGCAUCGUCCAAGCCGUCGCUAAUGGACCGCCUACCUCAGCUGAAAGUCUUUAGUUUCAGGAACCGAGGCUCUACUAAUCGGAAGAUAAGCAAGGGCAGCACUGGCAGCUGCAGCCAGCAAAACAUCCACAUCGGCAUUCCCAGUUCUGGCGACAUUUUUGGCGAAGCGUGGAAUAAUCUGGACGACAAAUCCGUGAUGUAUACCGACUCGCGGAUACUCGCUCGGCGGAAUAAGCUACACGACUAUCCCAUCAGCAUACAGUCGGAUCCCAGAGUGCAUGCUUGUAGCGAGGAUGUGACUGCCCCUGGAGUGGAGGUGUUCCCAAGGCACCUGUCGUCGCAGGCGGCGGAGCCCUACGUUUUCGCCUACGAGCGGCAUCAUCACUCGCAGGUGUUCUAUUCCAAGUCCGAUAGAGAGGCCAUGUUCGCAGGUAGAUAGUACACUUCGCUUGUUCUCAGGUGUUCUAUUCCAAGGCCUUUGUAGAGUUAAUUCCUAUUCUGGAGUGAACCCCCUUGUUUACAUAGCUAACCCAUGAGUCAUGCCUUCAUGUUUGAAGGCCUUAUUUCUAUUCUCAGUUUUGAAUAAAGUGCACUCUAUGUG